AAAUAAACCCGGCUCCUUUCCUUGCGCAGGGGGCUUCCAUUUUCUCGCUCGUCCUCGUCCUCGUCCUCGUCCUCUCUCCGCUCCCUCGUUCAGCUCACCAAAACCCUAGAAAGAAAAAGGCCAUGGGAGACAGCCAGUACUCUUUCUCUCUCACCACCUUCAGUCCCUCGGGAAAGCUCGUUCAGAUCGAGCAUGCGCUCACCGCCGUCGGAUCCGGCCAAACUUCGCUCGGGAUCAAAGCUGCUAACGGUAUUGUUAUUGCCACUGAAAAGAAAUUGCCUUCCAUUCUAGUGGAUGAAACAUCUGUGCAAAAGAUUCAGCUCAUGACAGCAAACAUCGGGGUUGUUUAUAGUGGAAUGGGGCCGGAUUCUCGUGUUUUAGUCAGGAAAAGCAGGAAGCAAGCAGAGCAGUACUAUAAACUAUAUAAAGAAGCAAUUCCUGUAACACAGCUUGUAAGGGAAACUGCAGCAGUCAUGCAGGAAUUCACACAGUCCGGUGGGGUGAGGCCGUUCGGGGUUUCUUUGUUGAUAGCUGGUUAUGAUGAUAAUGGCCCACAAUUAUUUCAGGUUGAUCCUUCUGGUUCUUACUUCUCAUGGAAAGCUUCGGCAAUGGGGAAAAAUGUUUCUAAUGCAAAGACAUUUCUUGAGAAGAGAUACACUGACGAUAUGGAGCUCGAUGAUGCUGUCCACACGGCAAUUUUAACCUUAAAAGAAGGGUUUGAGGGGCAAAUUUCGAGCAAGAACAUUGAAAUUGGAAUUAUUGGAGCUGAUCGGAAAUUCAGGGUACUGACCCCUGCUGAGAUUGACGAUUAUUUGGCUGAAGUUGAGUAGCUGAUCUGCAUACACUCUUGGUGGUUUGAUUUCUUGAGGUCAGGGAAAUGUGAGACUGUAGUCGAUAUAAAUAUUUAUAUUCACUUCUGAAUUCUUGGCUUCAGUUUGUACUUGAAACUAUUCUUGCUCGCUUUGAAUCCUCUUGUUUUUACUGUUUUUUUUUAUUGUGUAAGAUUUCACAGUCACUAGUUCUUUCUCCUCAAAAAAGGCGGCUUUUCUUUAAUGUAUUAUUGAGGGGAUGAAUUGAGAUAAUACACAAAUAGGUACAAGUAUUUUCCCCUUUUC